AUGGGACCAUCUGGAUCUGGAAAAACUCCAAAUAUGAAUCACGUUAUGAACGCUGCAUUUGAUGUUAUCCAUUUAUUUCCCAAAUCAUAUUUUGCUGAUUUAUUAUUACAAGAAUCGGAUACAUUUAUUUAUAAUGAUGAGAUAGAUGGGGUUUUCAAUAAAUCUGGUAUGUUCGGUAAUACAACAACAGAAGACAUUCCAGUUCUUUGUAAAGCAUUUGAUCAAAUUCAAAAUUAUGAACGAAAUUAUGAACAGUCAUCAUCGUUAAUCUCACUAAAUAAUUCAAGAUUAUCUAUAUUAGGUGGCACAACGGGUUCAACAUAUUCAGCUGUAUUAAAACAAUUCAAGAAUGGCCAGCGACUAGAUGGAUUAUGUAAUCGUAUGGUUUAUUUAGCCAUUCAACGUGAAAAAGCAAAAGAACCAAUGGAAUCAUUUAAAGUAUCAUCAAAUGACGGUAUACCGUCGAUUAAAUAUAUUUUAAUGGUUGUUCAUUUAAUGAAAAAUAUCAAAUAUCGAUUUAGAACACAUGAUUCCGGAAUGACAAGAACAACAACGACAACCACAGAAGGAGCAGUAUCUACAAACACGUUAGGUACAAAUAUAUUAGAUGCUGAUAGCGCUUAUUAUUAUGUUUAUAAUCGAACAGCAGCACAUUAUAAUCAAUUAUUUGAUAAAAAUUUGAAAAUUGAACGUUAUUUAGAAGGUUUUUAUUCGAAGUCACAAGAAAUAUAUCCACGUUUUUGUAGUUCAUCAUUAAUUGAACGAAAUAUAUUUGAUAAAAAAUUUGCUGAUUAUGGGAUUAAUAUGAAUGAACAUUUAGAAGAAUCAAUAGAUUCAUUUUAUGAACAUAGUAAACCACAAAGUAAAAAAACAGGUGAAUUACCAUUAAAAAUAAAGGAUACUAAUAGUUUACCGUCAAAUAGAAAACAUCAAUAUACUGAAGCUGAUAAAAAUCAAAAAUUACCUGCUGUGACAAAAAAAACAAGGCAAUCUGCAAGGGUAUCAACUGUUAAAUAA